AUUCAGCUUCGCAGACCUUGCGGUAGCACUGAACAUUAAAUCCCGCCGCACGGAACGGAAGCGCCGCCUCGCUCGCCCAACUCCCACGAGCCACGACUCCUCUUCUCUGUUGGGGGUUUAACUCCACAAAUUCGUGAGCCGUCCUUCCCCUCCGUCGCCGCAUCGAUUCCAUCUCCACCCACUCUCCCCCGACGCCUCAAUCGCAAAUCCCCUUCGUCGAUCGAUUGAUCCUGCUUGCAGGGUCGAUUCGUAGCAGUGCGCGAGCAUUGGGGAUUGUUUGGGGUGCGGUCGCUUCCGGCGUUGGAUGCUGUUGUCGCGGUGAGGCGGCGCCGCGGGGCUUCGACUUAAACCAAGCCUAGCCGCAAUGCCGACGGCGACACCGGCGCCGACACCCAAGGCGGUGAUCCACCAGCGGUACGGCGCCAAGGCCGUCUACAGGGUGGAGGAGGUGCGGGAGGCCGUCGACGGCGGCGGCUGCCCGGGCCUCGCGCUGCCGCAGCAGGGCACCAGGUGCGUCUACCGCUGCGAGCUCGACAUCGCCGGGGUGCUCCGCGUCGCCACCCCCGGGAAUUUCGUCAGGAAGAAGGACGCCGAGCAGGCCGCCGCGCAGAUCGCCCUCGACAAGCUUGGUAUUCAGCCCACAGCAAAUACUCCUGCUACACCUGAAGAAGCUUGGGAGGAACUUAUUGGUCGUAUAUCUUACUUUUUUGCAGAUGAGAACUUUCCCGCGUCAUCUCAUCCUCUUGUUGGCCACUUGAGUGUGUCACUCAGAAGAACUGGGGAUCUCCUUGGAAGGAUUCCUAUUUCAGCUAUUGUUGCGUGCGAUGUGAAGGUCCAUACAUUGUGUAAAAUUAUUGACCCUAAGGCAGAAUUUGACCCUCUCUUAGUUUUGUCAAUGAUCUAUAAUGCUGCCAAACAAUCUCCUGGUGUCUCUGUUAGUGACAGCGACUUCUGGAUUCAGAGUCAAAGGCCUUAUUCGCCUGAGGCCGUUGAUUUGGCUUUUCAGCGUUGGUCUGGUAUUUCAGAUCCCAUAAGUGUAGAAGCGGUUUUUGUUCCCUGUGUGAUGGAGGAUGAACCUAAGACAGUAAGACUUAAUAUAUCACAGAAUGAACAUUACAUGGGUGAUAUAGCAUCUAUGCUCUCUGCGACUGACUCCUCCCAUGUCCUUGUCUCAAGAACAGUUGGCAAAACAUCUUCUGAGAUAAGGUUUUAUUUCCCAGCUCCGAAUGUACAGCUUGUUUCUGAUUUAUCAAACAAUGUGGCUAGUCAUCGUGGAGAUGGCAAUAUGAACCGUGUAAUAAAUAAGCGAGCUUCCUACAUUUCUGGUCAAACAAUUUAUGGAGAUGCAAUUUUGGUAAAUGUUGGAUACACAAGGAGAGACACAGAACUUCAAACUGAACGUGUCACUCUAUGCACCUAUUAUAGGAUUCUUCUGGGCAAAUUACCUGAUGGAAUUUACAAGAUCUCGAAGGAGUCGAUUCUUGUGGCAGAGCUUCCAUGUGUUUAUUCUCGUACUAGUUGGAAAGGCCCCUCUCCACGAGAUCUCCUUUGUUCGUUCUGUCGCCUCCAGAGGCUAUCAGAGCCCCAUUUCGCUGCUAAUAGAGUAAGGGCAUCCUGUAACACCCUUGGAUCAGCUGUGUGCUCUGAAAAGAUCGGAUCGCCAAAACCAGCUACAGGAAGUCAGUACGGUAAUGAUGGCAGGAUUGACAAGGAAAACCCAGAUGUGUUCGAGUGUGAUGUCAAGAUAUAUUCAAAGAAGCGGGAACUUUUACUAGAGUAUUCUACAGAUGAUGACUGGAGCAAGGAAUCUGAUGCUAUUCAGAAUUCGGCGUUGAAGGUCUUGGUUUGGUUUAAUCAUUAUUUCAAGCAACUGAAUACACUCUUGGAGAAGAUAUAUCUUCCUAAGAGCACUGAUGGCUUCACGAUAUAUCCAAAUACUUUUUCUCAAGAAUUCGCUAUGUGCUUAUCUGUCUAUGGCAAGACCAAUGGUGGUAAUUCAAUAACUUGCAGCACAGUUGGACUGUUUCCUAUGGAUCCAUCACAUCAGCAGCUUGAAAACAGUGCAUUUUUAACAGAUGUUGAUGGUCAAGACUCUGGUGUUUUCCCAUCCCAUGGAUCGUUGACUUGCAUAGACUAUAUUGUUUACUUGUUUAUGAAGGACAAAAGGAAGAGAUAUAUCCUAGAAGUUAAUAAUGAGUUUGAGUUUGAGAUAGGUGCUGGAGCUGUUAGGAAUCAGCUUGAAUCAUGUGUAACUCAGCUGUCAGUUAAUCAAAGUGCACGUUUUGUAGAUGAACUGUCUGAUAGGGAUUUAUUCCUGGCUGCAGCUAGUGAGCUGUCACCUGACCUUUCCAAGAUAUCUAGAGACAGCUGCGUCUUGGAGUUCUCUGUAAAGGUGUUGCAAGUAACUGAACCUUUAGAAGAUAGAAUGGAGAAGGCCUUGUUCAAUCCUCCUUUAUCUAAACAAAGGGUUGAAUUUGCUGUUCGGCAUAUCAAUCAGCUGCAUGCUACGACACUGGUUGAUUUUGGCUGUGGAUCUGGUAGUCUUCUUGAUUCAUUGUUAGAGCAUCCCACAACCCUUGACAAAAUUGUUGGUGUUGAUAUUUCUCGAAAGGGCCUUACAAGAGCAGCCAAGAGCCUUCAUCAGAAGCUUAGCAAGAAGUCCUUGAUGCAGACUGCUGUUCCAACAGCUGUACUCUAUCAUGGAUCCAUAACAGAUUUUGAUUCUCGCUUAUAUGGGUUUGACAUUGGCACCUGCCUUGAGGUGAUUGAGCACGUGGAGGAGGACCAAGCAAGCUUAUUUGGCCACGUCGUCCUGAGUUCAUUCUGUCCGGCAGUGCUCAUUGUUUCCACGCCCAACUAUGAAUACAACCCUAUCCUCCAGAGGUCAGCUAUGCCCACCAAGGACGAGGAGCCAGAAGAAAACGCUGGACCUUGCAAGUUCCGCAACCAUGACCACAAGUUUGAGUGGACAAGGUCCCAGUUCCAGCGCUGGGCUACUGGCCUUGCAGCGAACCAUAACUACAGCGUGGAGUUCAGCGGUGUUGGCGGCUCAGGCGAGGAACCCGGCUACGCUUCCCAGAUUGCUGUUUUCAGAAGAAUGGCACGAGAUCAAGUGGAGACAGUCCCGGACGAAGAUGAUCCACCUCGACCUUAUGAGACUCUCUGGGAAUGGCCUACCACGUCAAUACCGUCCCACUGAUUACUGGUGGAGGGUUUGAUAUACCUGACUCCUCGCCGUGCUCCUAACUGAGGCGAUCAGACUGUUUGGUAGUACUAACUUUCAUUAUGGAACUCCACUCAAACCGUGUCUCUGGAUAUGAACAACCCUCGAUACGUUGAACUAAAUAGUUGCGGUGCCUAUCCCUUACGAUGGUUUAUAUCCCUGUAAAAUUCUUCAAAUACUCCGUCGCAAGCAAAUGGCUAUUCGUUGCAGCGUGCUUUUUCAUGAGAAAUAACCACAAUGGCUGUUUUAAGCAA